AAUUUAUAUUAAGAUGUUCAUUUAAGUAGGGAAGUAUUUGGCUUAAAUAAUAAUUUGAAUACACCCAUGUGAUUACUUGUCAUGAGGAACGAGAAAGAAAAAAAAGGAAUGAAAAAAAAAGAAAUUGCAAGGGUAGUUUAAACAAUGACUUACCAUUUUCUGUCUAAACAACUUACCAUAUCGCAAAAUCUUUUAAAACUGAAAAUUACACCUUCAAAGCCACUAAUACUUAUACUAAAACCUUUAAUUUACCAUUAUUUAUAAAACACAAUUCUAAUUAACACUUUCAAAUAAAAAAAAAACUCAAAAUAUUAUUUAAAAGACAAAUUGUUUCGUGAAACUAUUGAACCGUGUUAGAUGAUUUCCCAAAUAUACUUUAAUUAAUUCUUUUGGUAUAAAAAGUGACAUUUUCCAAGUUUUUGACACAGACUGUCGAAAGCAUAAUAUGGCAUCAAAGGCUUUAGUACUAUCUGCGCUCUUGUGUGUCGCUCGCUGUAACCCUCUUGGGCUCGGCGGCACCACGGUUUGUGAGUCCACUGGUAAUUACUUACCCGGGCUCGGCGCAACAGUCUGUGAAGGGUCCCUCGGGCUAGGAGGCCUCGGAUAUCUCGGCGGCCUCGGCGGCUUAGGCGGCUUAGGCCUUGGCCUCGGCGGUUUGGGCACUGGCACCGUUUGCGAAUCCGUGCCUAAUUAUGGUUGGGCUGGUUUGGGAGGCCUAGGUGGGCUUGGUGCCAUCGGAGGAAUAGGCCUCGGCGGCUUAGGUCAAACUACAGUCUGCGAAUCUACUCCUAAUAUUGGAUAUGGACCCCUACUUGGCGGCAUAGGAGGGAUUGGCGGCAUCGGCUUAGGAGGCCUAGGCAGUGCGACUGUAUGCGAAUCUGUACCCAAUUUCGGACUCGGGAGAAUUGGCCUCGGUGGAUUAUCUGGCCUUGGCGGUAUAGGCUAUGGAGGUGUAGGCACAGUAUGCGAAUCGGUCCCUAACUUACCCUUCGGUUACGGCCUUGGCGGCCUAGGUUAUGGAGGCGUGGGCACUGUUUGCGAGUCAGUCCCUAACUUACCCUUCGGUUACGGCCUUGGCGGCCUAGGUUAUGGAGGCGUGGGCACUGUUUGCGAGUCAGUCCCUAACUUACCUUUUGGAUACGGCCUCGGCGGUAUAGGUUUGGGCGGAGUGGGUACUGUCUGCGAAUCAGUUCCUAACUUACCUUUUGGAUACGGCCUUGGCGGUUUAGGUUUAGGCGGAGUCGGCACUGUCUGCGAAUCAGUUAAUAACUUACCCUUCGGUUACGGCCUUGGCGGUUUAGGCGGCAUAGGAGGUAUAGGCCUUAACGGAUUAGGCGGGUAUGGCGGCUUUGCCGGUAUAGGAGGACUAGGCAGUACGAGUGUAUGCGAAUCUGUCCCCAAUUAUUUGGGAGGAUACGGGGGCCUAGGUCUAGGCGGUUUCGGAGGGGGAAUAGGAGGCCUUGGUCUUGGCUUAAACGGCUUAGGCUACGGUGUGGUAGGCCGCCCUUUUUUAUAAACAGCAGUACGUCGUCGGCUAAUCAUUGUAGUAACUUCGAAAUGAUUGGUUUUCACCCGAAGAUCUCUACACAAUCUUCUUCCAGUUAUAAUAACCAUGCUCAAAUUAUGACCUACUGAUUUAUAUUUA